AUGUCAACAAUAGAAACGCCAUCCCCUGGAAUGGGUUCGAUGGUGCUUCAAGGCUUGGUAAAACUGAGCAUGAGAGUCGGAACGUUUGCCCUUAGUUUGACAGCCUUAGUUGCGACGCUGUUGUACAUCAAGCAAGAUAGUAUGCUGUAUUUCCCUGAGAUACAAGGACUACCGAGAAGGCCAGAAGACAAUCCUGCGGGAUAUCGGUCGCCAGACGAGCACGAAGUCUCCUCGUAUGAUGAUGUAUAUAUAGUAUGUGACGAUAACAAGACAAUUCAUGCUUGGUUGAUUUUGCGAACCAAAGAGAAAAAUAACCUCCCAACACUCAUUUUUUUCCACGGAAAUGCUGGUAAUAUCGGUCUUCGUAUUCCAAAUGCACUACACAUGCUCCAACAUUUGAAUUCCAACAUUCUAAUGGUUGAGUAUAGAGGCUACGGAAAUAGCGACUCGGUGAAGCCUACUGAAGCUGGAUUGAAAAAGGAUGCUCAAGCUGCACUAAAGUUUAUAUCCAAACAUCCGAAGAUUGAUGCGUCCAAACUCUUCAUCUUUGGGCGUAGUUUGGGGGGUGCUGUCGCCUUUGAUCUCGCUCAGUACGCUGAGGAAAACAAUAUUCCUCUGGCUGGCGUCAUUGUCGAGAAUACCUUCUUGAGUAUUGCCAAGAUGGUGGAUCAAUUGAUGCCUAUGAUCGCUCCCCUCAAAUCUCUUGUCUUGCGGAUCGGUUGGAAUUCCUGUGACAUUGUUCCAAAGCUAACUCUCCCAGUACUCUACCUUGCGGGAAGGAGAGAUGAACUGGUACCUCAUAGCCAUAUGCUGGAUCUCUUCAAAGCAACAACAAAAUCGAGACUACCCAAAAUUCACAUUAUCAAAAGGGGUACUCACAACGAAACGUGGCUCAAGGGUGGACAAGCGUAUUGGGAUGCAAUCAAGAGCUUCAUGGCGGAGGCACAGAACGCUCCUGGAAGCAUCGUCACUUCGAUUUCCAGCAAAACGGAAUCUUCACCGGUGAUACCGGUAGGAACAGAUUCCGAUAGUUCUAUUCCGAUCAUGCCAAGUGGAUUGAUGGGACUUGCUAGGGAGUCCAUGCGCGAUAUCAAUGAGGAGCAGGCUUCAGGCAAGAAGAAGGAGUUGUAA